AUAUCUUGUGUGAGUUGGGUUCUUCUACCAGCUCCAUCAGGCUCGAAAAUCUGCUUUGGGCAAAAAUCUUCUGUUUAUCUUCUCUGCCAGCUGCAGGAACCCAACAGCCAAGAUGGAAGCCAUCAAGAAGAAAAUGCUUAUGCUGAAGUUAGACAAGGAGAAUGCUCUGGAUCAGGCUGAACAAGCUGAGGCUGACAGGAAAGCAGCUGAGGACAGAAGCAAACAGCAUGAAGAUGAACUGCUGCAAAUGCAGAAGAAGCUGAAGGCCACGGAGGAUGAGCUGGAUAAAUACUCCGAGGCCCUGAAAGACGCUCAGGAGAAGCUGGAAGUUGCUGACAAAAAAGCAGCUGAUGCUGAGGCAGAGGUGGCUUCACUGAACAGGCGCAUCCAGCUCGUGGAGGAGGAGUUGGACCGAGCGCAGGAGAGACUGGCAACAGCUUUACAGAAACUGGAGGAAGCGGAGAAGGCAGCCGAUGAGAGUGAGAGAGGCAUGAAGGUAAUCGAGAACAGGGCCCUAAAAGAUGAAGAGAAGAUGGAGCUGCAGGAGAUUCAGCUAAAAGAAGCCAAACACAUAGCAGAGGAAGCUGACCGCAAAUAUGAAGAGGUGGCUCGUAAACUGGUGAUUGUUGAAGGGGAGCUGGAGCGUACGGAGGAGAGGGCGGAACUCGCCGAGGCUAAAUGUGCUGAGCUGGAAGAAGAACUGAAGAACGUCACCAACAACCUCAAGUCUCUGGAAGCUCAGGCUGAGAAGUACUCUCAAAAGGAGGACAAAUAUGAAGAGGAAAUCAAGAUUUUAACUGACAAGCUCAAGGAGGCUGAAACCAGAGCUGAGUUUGCAGAAAGAUCUGUUGCUAAGCUGGAGAAGACUAUUGAUGAUUUAGAAGAUGAGCUUUAUGCUCAGAAACUCAAGUACAAAGCCAUCAGUGAGGAGCUGGACCAUGCUCUUAAUGACAUGACUUCUAUCUAACUGUUCACAAUGUGAUCUGGCUUCUCAAGAUCCUGCGCACCCCCAAUCCCCCCGACCCCCAACCCACCCACUCCCAUUUAUCCAGUGGAAUUUAUUCAACCUGUAAUAAAUGUCUGUUGUCCAUUUUAAGCUAGUUCUUUACUAUAAAGUAUGACCCAAAGUGAAAGAAGUCUUUUAGAAGCUGGUGUGCUACAAGGAAAACAUUAAAGCUCAACGAGGAUUUCAA